AACAAUGGUGGACAUCUUGCAAGUGCGUCGAAUCAGUGCAGGAAUUCUUUUCUAAUUGCAAAAUCCAGGACAUUGAGCUGGAGGAGGUGGUGAAAAAUAGCCCAAGUGGAGUGUAGAGAGUGCCAGGCAAACGGAAUGGGUGUGUAGUCGCCCAUCUGGAUGCUGUGGGGGCUGCUGCUGUUGGCGUUGGCUGGGGCCUCGGACCCCUGCCCCAGCCAGUGCGCCUGCCUCGGCGUCUACGUAGACUGCGGCAAGAGGGGUCUCCAGGACGCCCCGCGAUUGCCUAAUUGGAUGGAGACACUGGAGUUGUCGGGCAAUCGACUAGGAGACUCUGUGACGUUGCAGGUGGCCAAUCUGUCCACCCUGCGCGAAUUGAAGCUAAACAAGAACCGUCUGCAGCACAUUCCCCUGUUCGAGGGGCUUCACCAUCUCACGGCACUUUCCCUGAGUCACAAUCGCAUUGAGAUGGUGGACGCGGAGGCGUUGGAGCGCCUACCGAAGCUGCAACACUUGGAUAUCAGCCGGAACCUCAUCACCCACCUGCCCAGGGACACGUUCCCGACCGCUUCACGUAUCCGCAGUCUCAAUCUCAACUACAAUGCUAUUGAGAGUGUUCACGGGCGUGCUCUGGAACCUCUGCGACAUCUCACGGAGCUCAAGAUGAACGGAAAUCGACUCACGGUGAUCGAGCAUGACACUUUUGCUCAUCUCUCGAGUCUCCGGAAGCUGCAAAUCACAGAUAACAAACUGGAAGUGAUCCAGGCACUGACGUUCAGGAACUUGGUGCACCUGAGAACGCUGAGGAUGCGUCGCAAUCGCAUUCACACACUGAUGGACGGGGCAUUUCACGGCUGCGUGAGCCUCACUUCGCUGGAACUGGACGAGAAUGGCAUCGGAAGUGUGAGCAAGCGGUGGCUGUUCAAUCUCACCAGUCUUGCACACUUGUCUGUGUCGCGGAAUCGCGUGAGUGAGAUUGAGGCCGACGCGUGGGAGUUCGUGGGACACCUGGAGGGGCUCGAUCUCUCCGGGAAUCGCCUGUUGGGUAUCGCGAGAGCCACACUGGCGGGCUUGGGUGAUCUUAAGCGCUUGUCUGUACGUGAUAAUCGGCUCAGCGCUGUGGAGGAGGGCGCUUUUGGGGCCACGCCGCGGCUGCAAAGCCUCGAUCUCAGUGGCAACGAGAUCUCGUGGGCCGUGGAGGACAUGAAUGCUCCCUUUGGGGCUCUUCAUCACCUCAGGAGCCUUCAUUUAGCGGCUAAUCGCAUUAAGAGCGUGAGCGAGAAGGCUUUCCUGGGCCUCAACGCUCUACAGCGUCUCGAUCUCACCGGAAACAACCUCACGAGUCUUCACAGUGAAUCACUGGAUCCCAUGCCAGGGCUUAGGGAUCUGCUGAUCAACACAACGAGUCUGCUGUGCGACUGCCACCUGCAGUGGCUGACACAGUGGAUUGAAGAGCAUCCAAAUGUGCUCAAGGGUGAUGCAGUGUGUAAUUUCCCAGUGGAGCUGCGCCACAAGACGCUCGGUGAACUGCUGACGGAGAAUCUGACUUGCAGUGACACUCCGAGGCCGGCCAUUCUCAGUCCACCGGCUGCCCAGAUGGCGAUUAAGGGUAGCAACGUGACGCUGGAGUGCCGCGCCACCGCUUCAGCGCCGAUGGUCUUCCAGUGGCGGAAGGACAAUGUAGAGUUGAGUGCCAUUUAUGAGCGCAGCGAAGAAGUGAACGCCACUGAGGCUACUUCGCGUGUGCAUUUGAAGAAUGUGUCCCAGGAGCACGCGGGGCGCUACCAAUGUGCCGUUGGAAAUGCCUUUGGUGUCACCUACAGUGCCAAAAACCUUCUAGCAGUGGGCAUCUUGCCUGUGUUCCUGAAAGUGCCCUCAAAUGUGACUGUGGCGGCCGGAGCGACGGCAAGGCUGAAUUGCGGCGCCACAGGUGAUCCGAAGCCGCAGAUAUCGUGGCAGAAAGACGGUGGGAAUGACUUUCCGGCGGCCAGAGAGCGUCGAAUGCAUGUCAUGACGGAGGAUGAUGCAUUUUUCAUCAUCCACGCUAAGACGAGCGACCAGGGCGUCUACACGUGCACAGCUGAGAACUCUGUGGGAGUCAUGAAGGUCAAUGCCACACUCUUGGUCCAAGAGGCGCCAUCCUUCGUGCGCCCGAUGGAGAGCAAGGAAGUGUCCGUGGGCGCGGCUAGUGUGCUGGAGUGUCUGGCCGGCGGAUCGCCCAAGCCAAUGCUGCGGUGGACUAAAGACGGUGCCCCCAUCGACCCCACGGAACGUCAUUUCUUCGCCGCCGAGGAGCAGCUCCUCAUCAUCGUGGCCACGCAAGCGGCGGACGCAGGAGCGUAUGAGUGCGAGAUUCGCAAUGAGCUGGGCGUGGCGAUUGGAGGAGCGCGUCUCAGUGUCAUCGCGGCUCCGCGGGCCGCCACAACCGUGAACGACAUCGUGGGAAUCGUGGUGAUCACGGUAGUAUUGUGCGCCGUUGUAACGUCGAUUGUGUGGGUGGCGAUCAUCUACAAGACGAAGCGCACCGCGGAACCAGAGUCGGCGAUCCCCAGUGAACUGCCGCCGCCGCCGAGUGCUCCCGAUGACUUCCUGGUAGUGAACAUCCAAGUGAACCAGCUGCAACGCAUGCUGGAUGAGCCUUCAGAGGCACCACAGAGUAGCUAAAGUAAAAUGUACGAAAAAUGACUGAUGUUCUUGUAUGAGAAGAACUAUACAAUAAAGAAAAUUAAUGUAUUUCACGAU